ACGCUGUCAGCUGAUUCGCUGUCCGCUGCCAAAAAAAAAAGAAAAGAAAUUGUUGCUUUUCUCUAAUGUCCUCCUGUGAAUCCUAAGAACUCCACGCCCCGCACCCACAUCCGCAUCGAACAAGGACCAAGGACUGACCACGGAUGGCUGGCAGGCAGGAGAGCCGCCGCCUGUGCGCCGUCACCUUCUUUGCGAAACUGCAUCCGGGCGAUGUGUGCGGCAGCAAUGGUCUGCCCCUUACGCCCAACUCAAUUGCCAUCCUGGGCAGGGCCCAGAAGCUCAAGGAGCUGCAGGACGAGCAUUUGUGUCAGUAUCUGGACGUGAUACGGGGCAAGCAUGAACGCACCAUUGUGGUCUCGGAGUAUCUGGGUCUCUCGCUGGAGGACUAUGCCAAGCGGAAUCCUCCAUUGUCACUUGCCCAGAUCCUGAGGAUCUUCUAUCAGGUGGCCUGCGGCAUUAGCGUGCUGAGUCAACAUCAUCUAGUGGCCCACAAUCUGGAGCCGAAGCAUGUUCUCAUCUCUGAUGACGGACGACGCGUGAAGCUCUUCAACUACGGCCUGCAUCACAUGACCAAGGGCGGCUGCUAUGUGCCCUUUCCCAUUGGCAAUAUCCGGUAUAUGGCACCAGAGCGGCUCCUCGGACUCAACGGGAAUGUGAAGAGCGAUGUGUGGGCUUUGGCCAUGCUGGUGGUGGAGUUGGUGUUCCAAAUCCAGCUCUGGCCCAAACUGAAACUCUCGAAUGUGAUUCGAAAGAUUCUAGCUUUUGGCCGGAGCAAUGGAGUGCUGGAGAAGAUUGCGCGAGAGCAUCAGUGCUACGAGCGCCUUACGACGAUGGAUAGGAAUCUGCGACAGUUGCUGGAAAGCUGCUUGCAGGUGCUGCCCAAGAGAAGACCGCUGCCACAGCAACUGCUGAUGCAACCCAUCUUUGAGAGCGUGGCUGCAGAGCUGAUGAAGGAACGGGACCAGCAGCAGAAGCCACAGCAGCCUCAGGAGAACCAGGAGCAUGUACCUCUGCUCUUGCGCUGCCCCCUGUCCCAGAUCUAUCACCUGUGGCAGCUGGCCGGCGGCGACGUUCAGGCGGAGCUCAAGAAGGAAGGCCUCAUCCGCAGCGAAGCUCCUAUCCUAGGUCUGCCGCAGAUAGUGCGCCUGAGCGGAGCAAGCGUGUGUCCGGGUCGCAGCCAAGCCCAACUGAUGGAUGAUCGUGUGGUGCCGUUGCGGCUAAAGGCUCUGCUGCAGCGACUGAGUCUCCUGCCAGCGGAUGUCUACUUUCCGCUGCUCCAUUCACCGCGAUUUCCCGCUCACUUUGCACGCGAGUUGCAGGCUCUGCCUCUGGUGAUCCGCGAGAAAGACAUUGAAUAUCAGUUCCAACGCGUCCGUUUAUUUACACGCCUCCUGCAGGGCUAUCCGCACACGGCAGAGCAGCUGCGUCGUGAGGCGGCCGUCGAUGUGCCCCCGCUGCUGCGUGGUCCCAUUUGGGCAGCUCUGCUGGAUGUGGUGCCCAAUGGUAGCUACUACAAGAUCGACAAGUUCACGGCCACCAGCACGGAUCGACAGAUUGAAGUGGAUAUACCGCGAUGCCAUCAGUACGAUGAGCUCCUCUCCUCACCCGAUGGCCACCGCAAGCUGCGCCGCCUGCUCAAGGCCUGGGUCACCGCCCAUCCGCAAUAUGUGUACUGGCAGGGAUUGGACUCGCUGACGGCGCCGUUUUUGUUUCUCAAUUUUAACAAUGAAGAGUUGGCUUUUCUCAGUCUGUUCAAGUUUAUACCCAAGUAUCUGCAAUGGUUUUUCCUCAAGGACAAUUCGGCGGUGAUCAAGGAGUAUCUGAGCAAGUUCUCACAGCUGACGGCCUUUCAUGAGCCUCUUUUGGCACAGCAUUUGGCCAGCAUAAGCUUUAUACCAGAGCUAUUUGCCAUUCCCUGGUUCCUGACCAUGUUCUCGCAUGUUUUCCCGCUGCACAAGAUCCUGCAUCUGUGGGACAAACUAAUGCUGGGCGACAGCUCGUAUCCACUCUUCAUAGGCAUUGCCAUUCUUCGCCAGCUGCGCAGCACCCUGCUCUCCUCGGGCUUUAAUGAAUGCAUACUGCUUUUCUCCGAUCUGCCGGACAUAGUGAUGGAGGGCUGUGUCCUGGAGUCCCAGAAGAUGUAUGAGAUGACGCCCAAGAGCAUAACGCAUCGACAGCAUGCCCUGCGUCACCAGCAGCCUCACUCACUGGACAUUGGCAUAACGGAUGUGGAACUGAAGCACUUGCAGCAGGAGCAGUGUCCCCGUAUUAGCGCCAAGGAUGUGCAGGCCCUGCUUCUGUACUCCCCCGAGCUGGCUCUCGUGGAUCUACGCAGCGUGGUGGAGUAUGGACGUGUCCAUGUGCCACACAGCAUCAAUAUACCCUUUGCCACCAUUCAGCUGGGUGAUCAGCGACUGGAGGCUUUGCCAGUGCCCAAUGUGGAGGGUCAACUACGGGGUCGCAUUGUGGUCUGUGUGAGCAAUAUUCAUCAGCAUUCCGUGGAGUUCUCUCACUUCCUGGUGGCCUGCGGCAUUCAGCGCACCUGCAUCCUGCACAAGGGAUUCAAUGUCCUGCACUCCAUCGAGCCAAAUAUACUCAUCUCGAAUUGAGGCUCUCGCGUCUCUAUCAUUGUUAGCCUCGUUGCUUCUGCUCCGUUUUUUAGCCUAAGCUCAAUGUGUACAUUUAUAAUCUUUUAUAUUAUC